UUCCUCCCUUAUAGACAUCCACAAACCCAGCAGAAGCAGGCUGCAAAUCUCAACUCCAAAGCAAGAACCUGACACGAACGGAACUCAACAUCACAAUGGGAUCUUACAGGACUUUAACAUUACUGCUUCUCAGUUUUUUGGGAUGGACGCUGAUCUCUGCCUUCAACCUGGACACAGAGAAUGUUAUCAAGAAAACGGGAGAUGCCAACAGCUUGUUCGGUUUCUCCCUGGCCAUGCACCGACAACUCCGACCAUCUGAUAAAAGAAUGUUGCUGGUUGGUGCCCCAAGAGCUAAAGCAUUGUCCAAGCAGAAGUCACAAAUUACGGGAGGCAUGUACAACUGUGACAUAACUUCUACCAGUCAGUCAUGCCAACGAGUAAUGUUUGACAAUGAAGAAAACCUGGCGAACGAAAAUAAGCAAAACCAGUGGAUGGGAGUUACUGUACAAAGUCAGGGACCUGGAGGAAAGAUAUUGGUCUGUGCGCAUCGCUACCAGCGGCGCUUAUUUGUGAACACAGCUCAGGAGCUGCGUGACGUGACAGGUCGUUGCUACGUACUAAGUCAGGAUCUGACGAUUAAUGAAGCCUCAGAUGAAGAUGGAGGGGACUGGAUGUUCUGUAAUGGGAGAAACCGAGGACAUGAGCGGUUUGGUUCAUGCCAGCAGGGUCUGUCUGCCACAUUCACAAAGGACUAUCACUAUCUGGUGUUUGGAGCACCGGGUGCUUACAACUGGAAAGGAGUGGUGCGGAUGGAACAGAAGAACAGCUCUCUGUGGGACGAAAAUAUUUUUGAUGACGGCCCAUAUGAGGUUGGAGAUGAAAACCGACUUGAUCCAGACCUGGUGCCUGUCCCUGCUAACAGUUAUUUAGGUUUCUCUCUGGACUCUGGAAAAAUGCUGACCAAGAGAGGUCAGUUGACUAUAGUUGCUGGGGCUCCAAGAGCCAAUCACAGUGGGGCAGUUGUGCUUUUAAAGAAGGAAGAAGAGAAAUCUUCCAUGUUGACGGCUGAGUACAUACUAGAGGGUACCGGACUUGCCUCUUCCUUUGGUUAUGACCUUGCAGUGCUUGACAUCAAUGGAGAUGGGUGGCAGGACAUUGUAGUUGGAGCACCUCAGUACUUUAUUAAAGAAGGUGAUAUCGGUGGGGCCAUCUAUGUUUACCUAAAUAAGGAAGGGGCUUGGGACACGAUCACCCCCAGUAGAAUUGAGGGAGCCGCCAAUUCUAUGUUCGGUUUGGCUGUGGAAAGCAUGGGAGAUGUAAACCUGGAUGGUUAUCAUGAUGUUGCUGUUGGUGCUCCAUAUGACAGCAAUGGAGCUGGAAACGUAUUUAUCUUCCACGGUUCACCUCAAGGCCUGACAAAAACCCAGGUUCUUGGAGGAAAAGAUCACAACGUGAAACUCUUUGGAUACUCUCUUGCUGGGAAUAUGGAUUUGGACAGAAAUUCUUACCCUGAUCUGGCUAUUGGAUCUCUCGCUGAUUCAGUGUUUGUGUACAGGGCACGGUCAGUUAUCAGCAUCGAAAAGACUGUCACCACCACACCAAAGGAGCUAGACCUCACUAAGAAGAACUGUGGAGACAAUAUAUGCCUUGACGUGAAAGCCUGUUUCAAAUUUUCAGCCAACCCCAAAACCUACAAUCCUACCUUGAAGGUGGCAUACACUAUCACGGUUGAAUCUGAUAGGAAGAAACUUAAACUUCCUUCUAGAGUCAUCUUCACCGAGAGCUCAACCAAUGAGUAUGAAAGCAAAGGGAUCGUAGAGCUCAAGGGUCAGGGCGCAGAAAACUGUGUUACGAGAAGCCUCAAACUGCAGGAAACUCUAAAAGACAAACUGAGAGGUAUUCCCAUUGAAGUCUCUGUGGAGAUCCAGAGCCAAUCCUCACGCAGGAAAAGACAGACUGCACUCCCUAACCUGCUUCCCAUCCUCGACUCCAACCAAAAAGCCACUGCCACCAAAGUUCAUUUCAUCAAGGAAGGAUGUGGUUCUAACCAUUUAUGUCAUAGUAACCUGCAACUACAGUAUAAAUUCCACAACAGGGAACCAAACAGAGACAUCUUUAAUCCAUUACCUGAAGAAAAUGGAGUUCCGAUUUUUUCUCUUAGCGAUCAGAAGGACAUUGUCCUGGAGCUCAAUGUGAUCAACCCGGGUGACGAUGCUUAUGAAGCACAGCUGAUCGCCUCGUUCCCCAAAUCCCUCUCUUAUUCUGCCGUUCGCACUAAAUCUAGUGAUAAACCAAUCAACUGUUUAGCCAAUACGAAUGGGUCACAAGCAGAUUGUGAUCUUGCAAAUCCAUUCAAAAGAGAUGCCGAGACAACUUUUUACAUCAUUCUAAAUACGGGAGGAAUUUCUUUGGAUACCACUGAAAUUGAAAUUGACCUCAAACUCAAAACGACAAGUGAGCAGAAGAACUUACCAGAAGUCAAAGCCAAAGCCAUUGUUAAGAUCCAACUGCUUUUGUCUCUCACAGGGGUAGCUAAGCCAUCUCAGGUCUACUUUACUGGAGAAGUUAAAGGAGAGAGUGCCAUGAAACUGGCAACUGAUGUUGGCAGUCCAAUUGACUAUGAAUUCAGGGUUACAAACUUGGGCAAACCUCUUAAGUCGUUUGGCACGCCAUCUAUGAUUAUCCAAUGGCCUAAGCAUAACUCCCAAGGCAAGUGGCUGCUGUACCUCAUGAAGAUUACCUCAACCGGUUUAGACAGCUUCAGCUGCUCCAAUCCAGAAGAGGUCAACAAACUCAGUUUGAAGGAGCCUUCAGUGUCACGAACUAAACGUGAAAUUGGGGAAACUCCGGCAAAGGAGGGAACAGUCUCCCAAUUUACUGACAAGAGGAAAUACACCGUUUUGUCCUGUGAGGAUGGGGCGGAGUGUAUAACAUUCAGAUGCCCUCUAACAGGAAUGGACAGCAAUGCGGUCAUUAGCCUGAGAGCUUACCUUUGGAAUGCUACCUUCCUGGAGGAAUAUGCAAAAUUGAACUACAUCGAUAUUAUUGUCAAGGCAUCACUCGAUUUUAAGACCUCAGCUUCAAAUAUACAGCUGAAGAAUGAGCCAGCACAGGUGCGCGUUACUGUGUUUCCCGAACGCAAAGUAGCACAGUAUGGUGGUAUGCCCUGGUGGGUUAUUCUGGUGGCCAUUUUACUAGGACUCCUCUUGUUGGGCCUACUGGUCUUCCUGCUUUGGAAGUGUGGAUUUUUCAAACGUUCCAAGUAUGAUGACAGCGUACCCAGUUAUAACGCUGUGCGGAUAAAGAGGGAAGAGAGGGACUAUAUGCCGGGGAAAGAGGAAAUGGAUCCUCCGGAGAAGAAACAAUGGAUGACUUCUUGGAAUGAGAAUGAGAGCUACUCAUAGCUAAAUGCUAAACUGAUUGAAACCAAAGACUCCCUUCCUAAGGCCUUUAAUGCUUACUUUUGCACGCACUGAUAUUUUCUUCUUGUUAAUAUUCCAUCAAAACAUGAAAGGAGACAUUUGAAAUUCUCGGGAUGGGGAUUUUUAAAGAUUUUAUUACAAAAUAGUGUCUGGAAGACUAUAGUGAACAAGGAUAGGAAAAAAAAAAGGUUUUGUUUUAUAUAGAAAUUAGCUUUCGUGUUCUACCCCAUUACCAUAUCAUAUUUUAAAUUCACUUCAAUAAUGUAUAUACAUUUUAUGUAUUUAUUUUCAACAGAUGUUUCUGUUGUACAAAGGCCAAAGAUUUAAAACUUUUGUUUUGUUUUAUGAAUGGCUUGUGUGGGCCUGAACUUUUUGAUAUCCAGCUGCCUGGAUGAAUGUAAAUAUUUGUGUCUUUCAAAUGUUUUUUUUUUUUUUUCUAUUUGUUGCUUAUUUGUUAAAACCAGUCAGGUACAUAUUUCAUUUUCAUAGGCAGGUUUUCACUGUACUUCAACUACUACAACUGGGACAGAUUUUAUUAGCAACUACUUUGUUAUAAUCAGAUGUCUGAUAUAAUGUCAGUUGACUGCUACAAUCCAUGAUCAGAUCAGCUUUUAAAUGAUUUUUUUUACCUUUUGAAGGUCAUUUAAAAUUAUCUUUGUAUAAAUGUGAAGUUGCUUUUAUUUUUAAAAACAGCAUCUGUUGGCAAAGCAAAUGCUCAAAUAAUGGAAAGUAUUAAUUCUGUUUGUUUGUAAAGUGAUGUUGAAUUGGACAGUUGUAUUUUUUAAUUUUUAGCCACUUACAAAUGUAUUAGCUCACACAAAAUUGACACUGAAGUAAUGAAAUUGAUUAUUAGAGAUUAGUUUUCAUUUUCCAAAUAAAAUUUUUUCCUGGUCUUAAAAUUGA